AUGCGGGCCGCAGUGCAGAGAGCGGCCUGGCCAGCACGGCCUCAGCCUAAUAAGCGGACGGCUCGGAAAGGACGCGGCCUUGGCGGCAAGGUCCCGCGCCCACAUCUCCCUGGAGCCACACUCGCGAGGGACGCCGCACCGCCCACGCCGCCCAACAGUUUUUGUUGGUUAAGAGUAGUUAAAACUUUGUUUGCCAAGCUGGAUAACACAGUGGGCGGUAGAUAUCUCAAUCUACAAGAUAACGAAUUCGUUCAUAAUGUCACAACAGAUCUGCAGCACUUCGUUACGACACAUAAAAAUCAGCGAAGCGUGCUGAUUUUCCCGCCGGUCAGUAACUACAGGCGAUUUUUAAUCCACAAAUUGUGCGAGGAAACGUACACCAACCUGAAAACAUUCUCAGUCGGACAAGGCUUGGCAAGAAGAACUGUGGUGUGCUUCCAGGAACAUCUAAUCAGGAAGCUAGAAAGAAAUGCCUCAGAUAAACCAACGGUGACAGGUCUGCCCAACCAUACAGGAAGAAUGGUUGUAGACCGACAACACUUGACAAAUAGUGAUGAAGGUGCUCCUGUGCUCACUUCUGCCACCAAGAAAGUGAGGUCCAGUGCACCUUUAAAUAUAUACCGCCCACCUGCUUUGCGCAAACGGAAUGAAGCCUUGGAGGUCUCAAGCUGUGAUUCUAGUCCAGAGAUUGUUCCUGUCCAAAAGGCCGAGAGACUCAGGCCGGCGAAGCAACGUAGGCCAGAUAUUCAGGUUUAUGUACCUCGAGCAAAACGAAUUCUUGCAACUCCAGAACAUAAUGAAAGGUCACCAGCUGCAUUACGUUCUACACCACCUGAAAACAAAAAGACUUCAAGCACAAAGAAAUCUGGUGAUGACAAGGAUUCUCGUCGGACACCAUCUAAAACUAAACAACUUGAUGAUAAAUCUUCAUGCCACCAGCAGUUACAACCUGCCAGUGAUGAUAGAAAGGACCUAAGUAUUACUUCUAAUAACAAGAACAAUAACAAAAAUGUGGAUAAUUUUUAUGAAACAAAUAUUGAUAUACCAUCCGCUGCUGCUGAUAGAAGUGCUCUAACUAGAAGCAGUGAACGAAGGGAUCGAGUCAUUUGUGGGGAAGUUGGUGUAGAAGUAAUUUCGGACCAGGGUCAAAAUGAGGAAAGAGUAGAGUGCGUUGCUGAGAUUCUUAGUAGAUGUGCGGUCCCCCUAACUCACACCAACAGUUUAGCAGAAGAUUGUUGCCAUUGUGGUGAAGUGCAAAGAGAACAACAUGAAUGUGAGAUCAGUGGAUGCAGAACAGAUUUCCCAUCUGGUUUAUGUGCUGAAAAUGUAAGUGAACCAGUACUGGAAAGUGCUAAAACUGUGACUGACUUUCAUGAAGAAGUGGAAGACUGUUGUAAAACUUGUAAUAGGACGUUAAGACUGUGCGACUGUAAUAUUUCAAACUGUGUAGAUACCAUAAAUGAAAAUUCUGAAGUUGGUAUAUGUCCCCCUAAUUUAGACUCACUAAAAAAUGUAGAUAGUGUUGAAGAGAGUAUAGUAAAUGUAGGGGAGAGAUCAGUAGAAGAAGAAGAUAUGAAAGAUUGUAGUCUGGGACAAGAAAGUAGGGACUUGGGUGUAGUGGAAGACAUUUCACAUAAGCCAACUUUGGAAACAAGUAGCAAUACAAGUGAACAAAAUUCAUUCUUCCAGAAAGUGCCUCAAGAUCAGGUAGAAGACAAGAAUGCCAAUAUUGCAAAGGACAGUGUGGAUGAUGUAGAUAAGAAUGCUCCUGUGUCAGAGGGCAGUGUCUUAUCUGAUGUACUUAUUAUUUCAGACAACAGUGACAGUUUGCUUGAACCAAGUAUAUCACUUGAUUCAAAGGGAUCAGGUAGUAACAACAGUGUUGGAAAUACGUCUGGACCCACAGCUCAAGAAAAACAAAUUGAGCAAAUUACACCUUCAGCUGACAACUCCGUGUCAACAGAUCCUACACAAGUGAGACUGAAUCCUGAUGAAUGCACGUGGGAAAUGAUGUUUGAUGACAAUGGUGACUGUCUGGAUCCUAAACUCAUUGAGGAGAUUACAAAUGCUGUUGGCUCAGUGAAAAUUGAAAAGCCCAAGUCUGAUUACAAUGGUUACCAAAAUAAGCCAGAAAUUAUUCUUGAUCCUGGUGAUGAAUUUUCUCAUGUUAUUGAAAUAUAUAAUUUUCCAGCAGCAUUUAAAACGGAAGAUCUGGUCACCAUAUUUUCUCCUUAUAAAAAUGGUGGCUUUGAAAUUAAAUGGGUGGAUAAUACACAUGCACUAGGAAUUUUUAGCAGCUCAUUUGUUGCUGCUGAAGUUUUGGCAGCAGAACAUCCCUUUGUUAAAACUCGUCCGCUGAGAGAGGCAAGCCAUGAAUCACGAAUGAAGGCACGGCGAUCAGCAGAAUUCCUUCAGCCUUACAAAGUAAGGCCAGAAACGUGUGCUGCACUGGCUCGACGUCUGGUUACUGGAGCCUUGGGUGUCAAAGUAAAUGUUACAAGAGAAGAGCGUGAAGCUGAAAGACGACUUCUAAGGGAGGCCAGAGAGAAGAAACGGUUAGCAGCAAAACAGAGAGAUGAAAUAUGGGAAGGAACGUUUUCUGCAAACUAAGUGACAAAUAACAAAAAAUAUUUUUGUAUAAUAUUUUAAUAUGAAAGCUAAAUUCAUGUACAUGUUUUUACUGAAUAGUUAUUCUUCAGAGUUGUGGCACUGUUGUAUAGAAUGUAACAAAAUGAAGUUCAUAGUUACAUAAUUAUAAUAUUGUUAAUUUAUGCAGUGAUGUUCCUUACUGAGAGGCAGGUAAUGAUACCUGUUAAGUGCCAUUAAUCAAUGAAACUGUUCACUGCAAUGAUAUUUUGUAAGAAGCUCUUACUAAAUAUUUUGGAACUUGAGUAGCAUCAUCUUCUGAUUGUUACACCCGACAUGACAUAAUUUUGAUACAUUUUUGUUUGGAACAAAUGUUACACGAUUCCAGUAUAAACAAGCUUCAGAUAUUUAAAAUAAAUAUAGAAUUGGCUAUUUA